AUGGGUAAGUACAUAACGCAAGAAACAUUUGAUAAUGUAGUGUGGGAAAACAUUAAAGAAUUUGAAAUGAGUUCCAAAGAAGCAGUAAAAGAUGCUGUCGAACAAUUUUUAGCUCAAGGUGUUGACUUGAGCAAAGUAUUGAAAGAUGCUAAAUACUAUGAAAACCAAAAUGAUGAUUCAAUAAAGAUGGAAGUUCAGACCAUUAUGGAUACCCUUAAAAAUGCAAAUCAAAAUUUUAAUGAUGCAUCAUUAACAAAAACAUUAUGCAACUUUAAAAAUAUUUGUGACACUGGUUUACCAGAAAGAUGUUUAUUUUCAGAACUUGGUGCCUGUAAAAUACUAAUGCAGCUGAUAAGUUUUGCAAGUAAACAAGUUCUGCUGGAUGCAUUACUAGAAACCUUUGCAGCAUAUGUCAAUCAGCAGCCAGAUGUUGUGGAUGAAGAUGAUAUAAAGGUGUUCAUAUCCCUCUUUCAAGGAUCAUGCCAAAAUAUCGUAGAUAGUGUUUCGUGUUCUGAACUAACGUUUUACAGCUGUUAUAAAAGACCUUAUUAUUACAGUUGGGAAAUAAUUUCUUUGUUCCUGGAUGAAACUUGCAAUUUGGUAACACACGUUUGCAGGGUGCUAUGUGCUCUUGUGCGAGAUGAUGAUGUCCGCGUUCCAUUUGGCCAAUCUUAUCAACAUGCCUUAAGUAUUUGCAAAGACUGUCUGGCUAUUCAAAUUCUUCUUAAUUCAUUACAGACAUGGAAGAGUGAUGAAAAAGUUUGCAGUGAGAUAUUUGUGUGUCUGAGCACCUUGUGUGUCUGUGAAGAUAUAUGUAUGCAAGUAUCUGAAGCAAAUGGAAUUAUUCUUGUUUUUGACGUAUUUGUCAAUAGACUGAACACAAACAAAAAAUCGCACCUCAUCAAGUCUGGUUUGCAGCUUUUAAAAUGCUUGUGCGGUAGCGACAAAAUAAAGCGUCAAAUUAUGGAAUAUGAUGGAGGUGCUCAAAUGGUUGUGGAACUGAUGGAACAAAAUAUAUCGAACCCGGACAUUUGUGAAAUAGCUUGCUUAUUAAUAGCAAGUCUCGCGUUAAGACAUGCUGAACAUGGACGCAAAAUGGUUCAAGAAUGCAAUGCUCAGCAUGUUAUAUGUAAAGCAAUGGUAAAACAUUUGCAGGCAGCUCCUGUUCAGCGAGCUUGUGGAAUGGCGAUUCGCAACGUGAUCAGCAGAAAUGAAAAUUUAAUAGAUUGUUUCCUCGAAUUGGAUGUAGAAAUACUGUUGAGAAAAGCUUUAGAAAUUCACAAAGAAAAAUGUAGAGAUGAGAUUGUGUAUGCAUUGAGAGAUCUGCGUUGUAGUGUACAACUUAGAGAAAUGUGGACUGGUACAGGAAAAAAUUUGAAUCAAUGA